UAUGCAUAGUGAUUUAAAUUUACGGUCAUUCUAUGCAGGAGAUUCUUAAAAAGAUAAUCAAUUGAUAUAAUUAUUGAUCACUUGUAUUGAAGGUAAUUAAAAUGUGAUUUACAAUUAGAAAAUUAUCAUAAUGUUGCUAUUUCAAAUUAUGUGAAAGAUUAAUAAAUAACAAAGUAAAAUGCUUCCACUUUUAAACCUUACACUGAGGAAUUCUUACUAUAGAAAUAAUAGCAAAGUCCAAACAUAUCAUAAUUCACAGGAAAAAUUAAAUAAUAUUCAAGACUCACUCUUGAAGCUAGCGAUACCAAAUUCUUAGGUUCGAUUAAAUAAGAUAAUCAAUUUUUAUAAGGUUAUGAUAUUAUUGCUAUCAAACCAAAGAGUGAAGCUGUAUUUAUUUAUCUAUGUACAACUUUAACAGUACAAUAUCAUUUUAAUAUUGUAGUAUUUUGAUGUUAUCACUUUUGAUUGUUUUGAAAAGCUUCCAUUUAUUCCAAAAGCAAAAAUAAGUUCAUAACUUUUAGAUAAAAAUGUUAUGUUUGAAAUUAACUAUGGUGAUGCAGUUUAAGAUCCUAAUAAAAGAAGAUAAUUUAUUUCAAAUGCAUAAAUUAUUAUUAAUGCAACUAAAGGUAGAAAUAUUAUCCUGUCUUCUGAUACUAAUUAUUGGCUCUAUCACAGAAGUCCUUAUGAUUUAGUAGCAUUAGGAAUGACUAUUGGUUUAAAGAAAGAUUAGGCUACUUAAGCAGUUAGUACAAAUGCUGAUAUGGUGAUUAAGCAUGGCAGUAUUAAUCUUUUAAUUUAGUUCAUAGAAAAGCUUGUAAAGGUGUUAUUUGUGAAGCUGCUUAAUAGGACAUUGAAUAUUUUGAAUCCAAGAAAAAGUAGAUCAAAGACAAAUAAUAAGAGAAAAUUAGCAAGAAAAUAAAACUAUCUUAAGAAGCUUAUGCUGUCAUUUAAAAUGAAUAAUGAUUAUUAUUUUAAGAAUGUAUUUUAUUUUUAUAAUAAUAAUUAUUAAAAUAUAAUUAUGCUGUCUGCUAUGAUACCUAAAUUUCGAUACUAUUAAAGAUUAAAAUAACAUAUGGUAAUAGAUUUGCUAUACUAAAUUAGGAAAUAAAUCAAAAUAUUAGAAAAGAAAAUGUUGAUAUUUAGAGAACAUAUCACAAAUAUUAAAAACCUUUAUGGGCUAAAAUGAAAUAAAAAGUAGAGGAUAAUAAAAAUAGAAUCUAUUUAUUUUGUGGAUUAAUAUUUCUUUGUUAAUUAAAGUUUGCUUAUGAAAGUAGAUAAUUUUAAAAGAGUCUUAGUUUAUCUUGCAAGAAUUCCUUACAGAAGAAUAUUAUUCAAAAAAUUUAAAUCCUUUUUCUUAGGAUUAGAAAGUGUCUAUCCUAAACCAAUAGUAGAAUAGGUUUUUAAUAAUGAAGUAUCAAAAUCAAAUAAUAUUUGAGUUACCAUAACAAUUAAUAUAGAAAUUUAUACAAUUUGAUGAUCAAUUACCAAUGGGAGUUACUAAGAAAUUUAUUAUACGUUGUCUUACUGAGUGUUAAGUGACCUUAACUAAGGAAUAGAAAAGAGAAUUCUAUUAAAAACAUGGUUUUUUAUAUGGAGUAAAUUUGAAUAUUAUUUUUUAGAUAUAUUCAAAAAAUAGUGGAAUCAAUUUAAAGGAACUUAACUAUUUUUUAAAGAAUCUUAAUGUAGAUUCAUUAAAGUUAAUUGAUGUAUUUGAUACAUUAAAAGAUUAGGUAAAAUUAAAUAGUUAUCAUAUAAAAAUUAUAGGAGAUUCAAUAUUAAAAUAGAGUUUUGGAGAAGAUGAAACAAAAGUAACCAUAAUAUAGUUGCAAUACACCUGAUGCAAUUACAAGGAGAAUUUAACCAUAUUUUGAUACAAUAUGAAUGU